CCGCCACCACCACCCAUGGGGAACAACCACUGCGUCCCCCAGGCUUCCAGGAGGCUCCGGGCCUCCUUCUCGAGAAAGCCCUCGCUGAAGGGAAAUAGAGAGGACGGCACCAGGAAACUAGCUGGCCUUUUUGGCAGCGAGGCCAGUCCUGACGGGGACACCACUGCCGACAAGAUCUUCUACUACAUCCCCGGGACGGACCUCCCGGGCCUGGAGAGCCAGCGAGAACACCUGGACCAGCCGUUCCUGAGUGUUUUCAAGAAAGGGAGGCGCAGGGUGCCCGUGAGGAAUCUGGGCAAGGUUGUGCACUACGCCAAGGUCCAACUGAGAUUCCAGCACAGCCAGGAUGUCAGCGACUGCUACCUGGAGCUAUUCCCUUCCCACCUCUACUUCCAGGCCCACGGUUCUGAGGGACUCACUUUCCAGGGGCUGCUACCGCUGAUGGAGCUGAGCAUCUGCCCAAUGGAGGGGUCCAGGGAGCAUGCCUUCCAGAUCAUAGGCCCAUUGCCUGCCCCCCUUCUGGUGCUCUGCCCCAGCCAGGCCGAGCUAAGCCGCUGGAUCUACCACCUAGAAAAGCAGAUGGCCCUCGUGGGAGGGCUGCAGCGCUGCCACUCGGCACCCCCACUGGACCCGCCUGAGGAUGAGCUCCCCUGGAGUCUGCAGCACAGGCUGACCCAGCUGCGGACGGCGUGGGGGCGCCAAGUGGUGGGCAGUGCCAUCUGUGCCUCGAGGGUCAAGCUGCAGCACCUGCCAUCACAGGAGCGGUGGGACCGGAUCCUAGUCCUGUACCCGACUUCCCUGGCCAUUUUCUCUGAGGAAGCUGACGGGCUGUGUUUUAAGGGGGAGCUUCCGCUCAGCGCCGUCCGCUUCAACCUGGAGGAGAAGGAGAAGCAGAUCCGCUCCUUCCUGAUCGAAGGCCGCCUCAUCAACACCAUCCGAGUGCUGUGUGCCAGCUACGAGGACUACAGCCACUGGCUGCUCUGCCUGCAGACCGUCUGCCACAGGGAGGGAGGCCCCCUGCUACCCGGCCCUGAGAGCUUCCCGGGGCUGCGGGGGCCCACCCAGGUGCUGGGCAGUGGCCGAGGCUCACUCUCCUCAGAUGGACAGACCAGCUGGGACUCGGGGUACCUGGCACCCCCCUCUACUCGCACCAGCCACUCCCUCCCUGAGUGCUCAGUUCCAUCCACAGCUGGUUGCCCUGCCCAGCCUGCAUCUGACCAGGCCAACCCUGGCUGUACCAGCACCAGUGGGCAGAAGGCAGAGCUAAGACGGGGUGGCAGCAGUCGGUCACCCAGGAGCAAGGCCCGGAGCGAGGGGCCGGGCCCAGCCACUCCGCUGCACCUGGACCUGACCAAGCUGACCAGGAUGAACCUGGAGGGUGGCCCAGAGGCCUUCGACCACUCACUGGAGACACCUCACUCCCCCCUGUACGCCGACCCCUACACACCACCUGCCACCUCCCACCACAAAAUCAGAGAUGUCCGGGGCCUGGAUGAGUUCCUCACUGCGAUGAAGAGCUCACUUGGACCCGCGCCCUCGAGCCCGUUCCCCUCCGUCCCUGUGUCUGUGCCUAUCUCCGACCCCAGCUCUGGAGUCUCCAGCCCCCACAUGCUCUCCAGGAAGGGAGCCCUACAGUCCCGAGCCUCUCAGCGACACCGGGGCUCCAUCAAGGGCCGUGGGCCCCGGCCCCCAGACUCUCCUCAGCUCGUCUCCACUUCCAGGGAAGUUUCGCCCGACCCCCUGCUGCCUCCCCCAGAUGGCGAACCCCCCCGGAGCUAUGACAACAUCUGGGACAAGGCUCCAUCUCCUUCCCGCCAGCGGUGGCCCCGUGAAGCAGCGGAGGCUGAGGGGGGCCUCAGCCAGUGGAUCUGA